AUGUCCUUCGACCAGCUCUCCUCGCUGGAGUCGCAGCCGCGGCAGUCCGCCUACACGGACGACCCGGAGUUCGACCGGCUGUCACAAGACAUGAUGAACAAGCUCUUCACCCUGUCGGGCAACACGUCGCGGCUGCGCACCGAGAUCGGGCACCUGGGCACCCGCCGCGACACGGCCCGCGUGCGCGAGCGCGUGCGCGACCUCAUCGACGAGUCACAGGAGACCCUGAAGGAGGUGGGCGAGGGCGUCAAGAGGGUGCAGACGUGGGGCGACGACCACGGCGGGGACGAGCUCACGCCCGCCCAGAAGUACAAGCAGCAGAAGCUCUUCCGCGAGUUCCGGUCCAGCCUCGAGGAGUUCCAGGGCCUGCAGCGCCAGGCCCUCGAGAAGCAGCGGGCGUCGGUCUCCGCGGCGCGGGCGGCGGCCCACGAGGAGGACGAGGGCGGCCGCGGCGGCGACAACGUGCCGCUGAGCCCGACGGGCCAGCAGCAGCAGCAGCAGCAGCUGAUGCAGCAGGACCUCCGGCUGGCGCCGCAGGACGAGGUGGACUUCCAGGAGGCGCUGAUCGCCGAGCGCGAGACGGAGAUCCAGAACAUCGAGCAGGGCGUCGGCGACCUCAACGUGCUGUUCCAGCAGGUCGCGCAGAUCGUCACCGAGCAGGGCGAGCAGCUGGGCGGCAUCGCCGAGAACGUCGAGCGCACGCACGAGGACACCCGGGGCGCCGACCGCGAGCUGCGCCAGGCCGCCCGGUAUCAGAAGAACGCCCGUAGCAAGGCGUGCUGCCUCCUGAUUGUCCUGGCGGUUAUUCUUACGAUUAUAGUGCUGGCCGUGGUCUUGGGGUAG